AUGGUCAAAAAUUCCCAUAAAUUCCCAUACCCAUCACUGGGAGUCGCUGAGCUGUAUGAUGAGCCGCUGCCCACCGCUUCUGGUGAUGACCCUACAGCUUUCGUCCUGAAUGAGUGUAAUUCAGAGGAGAGCAGAGAGGAUGAGGAGCUACAGCCUGAGAGAAAGAGCCUGGAGGACUUCAACUUCCUCAGUGUGCUUGGAAAGGGUACAUACGGGAAGGUGAUUUUGUCCGAGCUCAAAGGCACUGAUGAGGUGUAUGCGCUGAAGUUUAUGAAGAAGGACAUGAUCUGGGAAUAUGAAAACAUCAGCUGCACCUUUAUGGAGAGGCGGAUCUUGGCUCUGGCCAGUGAACACCCCUACCUGACCCACCUCUACUGUAGCUUCCAGACCAGCGACUCACUGUGCUUCGCAAUGGAAUUUGUGAAUGGCGGGGAUCUUGCAUUUCACAUUUCCUGUUCAUGUGGAUUUGAUGAACCCCGCAUCAGAUUUUAUGCUGCUGAGAUCGCCUGUGCCCUCAUGUUCCUCCACCGCAAUGGGAUUAUACACAGAGAUCUCAAACCUGGAAACAUCCUCCUAGAUGCCGAUGGCCACUGCAAGCUUGCUGACUUUGGCUUGUGCGCAGAGGGAAUACUAGACGGCAAGACUGCCAACACUUUUUGUGGCACACCCAACUACAUGGCACCAGAGGUGUUACAGUAUUGGGAAUACGACACAUCGGUGGAUUGGUGGGCCCUAGGUGUGAUCAUGUACGAGAUGAUGACAGGCUACGCUCCGUUUCAUGAUCACAACGAGGAGAUGAUGUUUGAGUCCAUCAUCAAUGCUGAACCGGAAUAUCCAUCAGACCUCAGUAGGAAUGCGGUCAACAUCCUCAAAGCGUUCCUGAGGAAGAAGCCCAUGGAUCGUCUUGGCUGUGUGGUGUCCGAGGGCAAGGAGAAUGCCAUCAAAGCUCACCUUUUCUUCAGUGAGAUCAACUGGUCAUGGCUGGAACAGAGGAAGAUCACUCCACCGUUUCAACCACAGAUAACAUCAAAGAGGGACGUCAAUAAUUUUGAUGGCAGAUUCACCCGUGAGGAGCCCAAGCUUUCUCAUGGGAAUCUCUCCUUCUUCAUCCAGUCCAUCCAAGAGGAGUUUGAUGGUUUCUCAUUUAUUAACCCUAAAUAUUAA